AUGACAGAAAAAAAUAUGAAAUUACCCGAAUUAAUAAGUAAAAAUAAAGAAAUAAAAACCAUCCUCCAAGAAUUAGAUAACGAACUCAAAAAUUCUUGCCAAAAAUCCGGUUGUCCACCUACUUGUCGCCAAAUACCUACUUUACCGCAAAAAAGUGAACUAAUUGAGUUAGGAGAAAAAUAUCCAGUUUAUCAGGAACAAUUAAAAAGUAAUGAACUCGCCAUUGCUAGCGAGCCAUUACCGAUUGGAACGAUGCCACUCGUUCAAUAUAGGAAUGAUAUUGUUGACAUUAAAUUUUACAAUCCUAAAAGUAAAGCGACUAAUAAAAAAAUACUCCUUCACCGACUUAGACCACUUAAUCAAGCAAGCAAAAAGGAGCAACCAAAAACCCCUCCUCAAAAAAUACCGCCUCCUCUACCGCCAAAAACUCAACCUUUGAGCCUCCGCCUGACAAGCCGGUCGGCAAAAGUUAUUAGCCAACCAACAAAAAAGAAGGCAAAAAAAACAAGCCGCUCUCAGGGUUCAACAAGCCAAGCAA